AUGGACAACAUUUUUAACGCGGWCGAAACAGGAAUUUUCUAUAAGAUGCUGCCUGACAAAACACAUAAGAUCAAAGGUGAAACAUGCAGUGGURGAAAAAUGUCUAAAGAAAGAAUAACUGCCACGAUUUGUGCUAAUGCAUCGKGCACGGUAAAACAGAAAUUAUUGGUUAUUGGAAAAUAUAACAAUCCCAGAUGCUUUAAAAACGUUAAAACGUUGCCGGUAGAUUAUUGUGCUAACAACAAAUCCUGGAUGACUUCUCAGACCUUUACUGACUAUUUAAAGAAAUGGGAUU